AUGGAGAGGGCGACACAGAACAACAGCAACGAUGAGAAUGCCAAUAACCAAGACGGAAAUAAUCAGUCAUCUACUGCAAGUCACCAAAUGUCUUCCACCAUCGUGGCUUCCAUCUUUGCCGCUGCUCCAAGGCUAUUGAUCGAGCUGAAGAAUCAAUUUCAUUUGGAACCAAAGUUGGCGGAUCUGCUACUGCCGUUUGUUCUUCCAGUCUUGGAUAAUAAUGCUGCUAAUAUCAAUCAUGGGAACAAUGCUACGCUGCAGCAAUUUAUGCAAAAACGACGAUCCGAAAUAAGCAUCCCAUCACUGCAACCGACUCUCUUCUUGGAGGGAUCUACCAAGUGGCUUUCACAAUUUGCAAAAUUAUCGGUAGAUAUGUUACCCGAAAGUGUGCGUCAAGCCAUGCCACUUACUCUUGUACCAUCCGACAUUUCUGCCUCGUACAUGGCAACAACCGACGACAACUACAUCCCCAACAACAACUACUACUACUACAAUAUUCAUCCAUUGGCAGCCGAGCUGAAAUUGCUCCUUCGAUUUACUUGGGGACGAGUGCCAGCUCUUACACACUGUCCGGAUGCCGACAAUCCUUUCAAUGUUCCAUACUAUCUAUUUUGGCUGACGAUUCAAAAGGGAAAGUCCUCCCUCCAGGGAUUACCAGAAGUGUGUCAGUACAUUGUCUUUCGACUACUCUUUGGAGCUACCAAAGGAACCGUUUCGUUUACCGAAAUGACACGGACGGUGUCCCACAUUUUGUACUUAGUGCAAUUGGGGUCACUGUCAGCGUGUGCCCAAAUAGCGGGACCAGACUUUUUGCAGCGACAACUUCAGCUAGCUGCUCAAGCACAAUCCUCACAAGUGGUCCAAUACGCAACUCCAUUGUUGCAGAAAUUGCAAGACUACCAAAACGCAAAGCUAGUGGAAGAAGGAAAUACAGUCGUGACUCUUUGA